CUUGUGAGGAAUUUGGAGGCUUUGAUUGAUAAACAAGCAUUUUUGGACGAGUUUCGGAUUUUGCCUCUUCCCUUGUGAUCUGACAACUUGUGUUUCUGUGCGGCUAUACAAUAAUCUUUCUGCGUUUCAUUGCUUCUUUCAACUUCAGUUGGUUCUAUACUAAGCCACUUACCCCAACUUUCGUGUUGUAAGAGUCAUACCACUCGAUAUUACAAAUGCUUGGACCGCCGGUCAACCUGCCCAAGUGGCUCGAGGAAAACUCUCACUUGCUUCAGCCGCCCAUCAACAACUACUGCGUCUACAACGAUGAUUUCACCGUCAUGAUCGUCGGCGGCCCCAACGCCCGCACCGACUACCACAUCAACCAAACCCCCGAAUGGUUCUACCAAUACCGCGGCGCCAUGACCCUCAAAGUCGUCGACGGCACGACCUUCCGCGACAUCAUCAUCCGCGAGGGCGACAUGUUCCUCCUCCCCGCCAACACGCCGCACAACCCGGUCCGCUUCGCAAACACCGUCGGCGUCGUCCUCGAGCAGCGCCGCCCCGCCGAUUCUAUUGAUCGCAUGCGCUGGUACUGCGCGAAAUGCUGCAGUGAGCCUGGUGCUGAGGCUGUGGUUGUGCAUGAGGCUGCGUUUCAUUGUACGGAUUUGGGGACGCAGAUUAAGCAGGCUGUGGAGGACUUUAGGGGGGAUGAGGAGAAGAGGACGUGUCGGAGGUGCGGGACGGUGGCGGACUGGGCGCCGAAGCCGGGGUCGAUUCAGGAUCCUAAUUUGCAGUGAGGAUGAGGAUGAGGAUGUAUGAAGAUAUGUGCUGUAUAAGUAGAUUCUCUUAGGAGACAGGCACAACAUGAUGAAUGAAAAUAAGUAUCCAAGUUGAAGGAGGCAGUGCCCCUGUUUUGUCUCAUCUUCUCUUUCUCAUAUAUAUAUCUAUCUAUCCAUCCAUCCAUACAACUCACGCUUCCAUACCGUAUCUAUAUACACUCUCACGUCUCUGAAAACUCAUACGCAGACCCCGACAACUCCACAGGCACCUCAAUCCUCCCCUCCUCAACCUCCCUCCCAUCAACCCUCACGCCCGCCCUCAUCACAUCCCCCGGCACCACAGGCCCAACGCCCGCCGGCGUGCCCGUCAGCACAACAUCCCCCGGCAACAACGUCA